AUAUAAUGGAAUAGUUAAUACCUUUUAUAAGCAAAAUAUAAGAAAUAUUAUAACAAAGUAGUCUUUUAUCCGAAUUAAAGCUUCCACAAAUAGCAGUAAUAGGAUCGCAAUCAGUAGGUAAAAGUUCAGUAUUAGAAAGUAUAAUAGGCAAAGAUUUUCUUCCUAGAGGAAAAGGAAUAGUAACACGACGUCCAAUAGAAGUGUAAUUGACAAAUAUACCAUUAAAUAGUGAAUAAGAAUGGGCUGAAUUUUCUGAAAGAAAAGGUGAAAGAUUCACAGAUAUGGAACUAUUAAGUAAAUCAAUAGAAGAAGAAACAGAAAAAGUAGCGGGAAAAUAAAAAGCCGUUUCUGGAGUACCUUUGAGAUUAAAAUUUUUUAGUAAAAACGUUGUUGAUUUAUUACUAGUGGAUUUACCAGGAAUGACAAAAAAUCCUGUUGGAGAUUAACCAAAAGAUAUUGAAUAAAAAAUAUAAGAAAUAAUAAUGGGAUAUAUAAAAAAUCCUAAUUGUAUUAUAUUAGCGAUUUCUAGAGGACCAGAUGAUCUUGCUAAUUCGGAAGCUUUAAAAUUAGCAAGAGAAGUAGAUGUUAAUGGAAACAGAACUAUAGGUGUUAUUACUUAAUUGGAUUUAUUAGAUAGUGAUACUGAACAUAUAUUAAAUGAUGUUAUGAAUAAAACAUACCCUUUAAAAUUAGGAUAUGUUGGAGUGGUGUUGAGAGGAUCAAAUUAAAUGAAAAAUAAAACUAUAAAAGAUUAAAUAGAUGAAGAGUCUUUUUUCUUUGAAAAUCAUAAAUACUAUAGAAAAAUAGCUGAUAAAAUGGGAGUUCCAUAUUUAGUUAAAUUACUCAAUUUAAUUUUAAUGAAUACAAUAAAAAGAUAAUUACCAAAAAUAAGAGAAAGUAUAUCAAGAAUUAUAAGUGUUAAAGAAGAAGAAUUAAGACAAUAUGGUGAUUUUACACAUUUAGAAGAUAAAAGUUCUAAAGGAUAUCUUUUACUAAAUUUAAUAUCGAAAUUUAGUAAUGCCUAUAAUGACUUAAUUCACGGUUAAUAUUUAAAAACUACUAACAAUGAAUUAAUAGGAGGUGCAAGAAUAAAUUACAUAUUCAAUAACAUAUAUAGAAAAGCAGUAUCAGGAAUCGAUCCUUUCGAUUAAUUAUCAGAUGUGGAUAUAAGAACAGCAAUAAAAACAUCUAACGGUUUAAGACCUUCUUUAUUUGUAUCAGAAGGUGCAUUUGAGAAUUUAGUCAAAUAAUAAAUAUGGCGAGUACAUUCAGUAUCAUUAUAAUGUUCACAUUUAAUAUAUGAAGAGUUAAGAAGAGUAGUAAAUUUAAUAAACAUCCCUGAAAUAGAAAGAUUUGAUAAUUUAUCAAACAAAAUAUUUGAAGUAAUGGAAGAUGUAUUAUCUAAAUGUUUAGUACCAACUGAAUAAAUGAUAAAGAAUUUAAUUGAAAUCGAACUUGGGUAUGUAAAUACUAAUCAUCCUGAUUUUGUUGGAAGUACAGGUCUUAUAUAAAAUUAAACAGAUAAUCUUAUCCAUUUAAGUAUUUAUAUUCCAAGAUAAGCUUUACCUCCUGUUCCUAAUGUUAUUACUGUCUCUGAAAAACCAUCAAAAAGGGAGUUCAUGGAAACUGAAAUGAUUAAAAAUCUGAUUGUAUCUUAUUUUAAUAUUGUGAAAAAAAAUGUUAAUGAUUCUAUUCCUAAAACUAUUAUUACUUUUCUUGUUAAUAGGUCAUUAAGUAUAUGUGAAAGAGAAUUAGUAAGUUAAAUUUAUAAUGAAGAGUUUUUCGAUAAUCUUUUAGCAGAAAAUACUUACAUUUAAUAAAAUAGAGAAGAAAUUACAAGCGGUUUAAAAAUUUUAAGAAGUUGUUUAAAUGUUUUAAAUGACCUGGAUGCUAAAUUUUGA